GGGAGCUCUGUUACCUCACCAUUUCUUGGAUCUUAUUCAAAUGGAUUUUUAUCCACUUUAAAACAACGCACUGAACUUUAUUUGCGUCCGUUUCACAUAUUUGUAUGACGUGUAUUGUUUGUAGUUAUCGCAAACUGAGUGAAGUAGUCGCUAGUUAGCUAGACGGUAAGUUCAUUUUAACGUUUUUAUGUUCAGCCAUGUCGUUAUUUAGUGUUCAAGCGAGGAAGCAUACAGCUUAUUAUGAUCAUCUAAUGGCUGCAUCCAGGACACCGGGCAGAGAUCGCCCGGCAGAGCGAAAAGCGACGGACACAACGGUUAGCAAAAGUGAGAUAACAUCCGGAGACUCCGCGUCUGAGGACAGCAGGUUAUCCGAUAAAAGCCGACAGGUAAACAGGACUUAUGUCAUCUCUGCGCUAUCAAAAAGUGGCAGCAGUCAGGGCACUCCUCACCGUGGCCGACUCACUCUGCAGAGGAGGUCAAGGAGGAAGACCGGGUCUGAAACAGCGGAGAAAACAAUGGCUGAAAGCAGCCAGAAUAGCACACCAGCUCCGGAGAAGAGACUGACCCUGCAGCGCAGGACACGGACUCCCUCGAUGGGUAAAAGCGCAUACGGGCACCGUGGGGUCAGCGGCACCGGCCUGCAGCCAACUCCAAAAAUACUCAGUGAACCAAACGGUAGGACACCUGGAUUGUUCAGGUCUAUGAGUUUAAGAGCAACUGCUGCUUCUGAGGAGACCCAGGGGAGGCCUGCGCUCUGCAAAACGCCCUCCUCUUCUACUAACACAAAACUGCAGCAAGAAGACCAGGCCCAAACCUUUAAAACCCCUACCAGAAAGACCCAGUUUGAGAAAAUCGCCGCUAAGAGAGAAGUAUUCGAGAGACUGGCAGGGAGAGGCUCACCAAAAACAGUGGUGGUCAAAUCUGCAAGUCUAGAGAGGCCCAAACCCCGAGCACAGCAAGCAGAAUACACAAAACCGGUUCCAGCUCCUCGGGUCAGCAAGGCGUCUGCAGGUGUGCACAAGACGAACUGCACGCUGCACGCGAGAAAGACAUCCACCUCAAACCAAAAAGGAGACGUGACCCAGACCAGGACCUCCACUCCAGCUCCAGAACCUGCAGAGCAUCUCCUGUCCCGUCACAGCGAGGCCCUGAAACAGCAGGAUUCAUUCAAGAUGGAAAACAGUGCAGUGACUGUUGCAGUCCGUGUUCGCCCUUUUAAUGCCAGGGAGAAGGCAGAGAAGGCUUUGCAGGUCAUCUUCAUGAACGGUCAGGAGACUUCUGUCCAGCAUCCGGACUCCAAACAGAGCUACACCUUCACCUAUGACUUCUCCUUCUGCUCGGUGGAUGAGUGUGACCCCACCUUCGCCAGUCAGCAGACGGUGUACGAGACACUGGCUAAACCUCUGCUGCUGAGAGCCUUCGAAGGAUUCAACACCUGCCUGUUUGCUUAUGGCCAGACGGGCUCUGGGAAGUCAUACACGAUGAUGGGCUUUGGAGAAGAGGAAGGAGUCAUCCCGCGAUUCUGUCAGGAGCUUUUCUCUAGAUUGGCAUCCAUGGAAAACAAAGAGAUCAAAUGCCAUGUAGAGAUGAGCUAUUUUGAGGUUUACAAUGAGAAGAUCCAUGACCUGCUUGUGACCCGAGAUGAGCCAAACCAGAGGAGGAUGCCUCUGAGGGUGAGGGAGCAUCCAGUCCAUGGUCCCUAUGUUGCCGACCUCUCCUCGAAUAUUGUGAGCUCCUACAAUGACAUUGAGGGCUGGCUGGAGCUGGGCAACAAGCAGAGAGCCACAGCAGCCACAGGAAUGAAUGACAAGAGCUCCAGAUCUCACUCAGUCUUCACACUGGUUAUGACGCAGACUCAGACUGAGUUUGUGGAGGGUGAGGAACAUGACCACAGUAUUACCAGCAGGAUCAACCUGGUGGACCUGGCAGGCAGCGAACGCUGUAACUCAGCCCAGACAAGUGGAGACCGACUCAGGGAGGGUGCUAGCAUCAACAAAUCCCUGCUUACCCUCGGAAAGGUCAUCUCUGCCCUGUCAGAGCAGGCACUGAGCAGAAAGAAGGUCUUCAUACCGUACAGAGAGUCCAUCCUGACAUGGCUGUUGAAGGAGAGCCUCGGUGGUAAUUCCAAGACGGCCAUGAUCGCCACACUGAGCCCAGCUGGCAGCAAUGUGGAGGAGAGCCUGAGCACUCUGCGCUAUGCCCAGCAGGCCCGCACCAUCAUUAAUGUGGCAAAGGUCAAUGAGGACACCAGCGCCAAGCUCAUCAGAGAGUUGAAGGCAGAGGUGGAGAAGCUGCGUGCGGCCCAGAUGAGCUCCCAGGGUAUUGAACCAGAGAGGGUCAGGCUGUUCCAACAGGAGAUUGCCGGCCUGAGGAACAGACUCUGCCAGCAAGAGAAAGAAAUGGUCGAGGCCAACCGGGCAUGGAGAGAGAAACUGGAGCAAGCUGAAAUCCGAAAACGUGAGGAGACCAAAGAGUUGCAGAAAGCCGGUGUCACAUUCAAGGUGGACAAUCGUCUUCCCAACCUGGUUAACCUGAAUGAGGAUCCUCAGCUGUCAGAGAUGCUUCUCUACAUGAUCAAGGAGGGUCGGACCACAGUGGGCAAGCUCAAGCCUGAGUCCAGGCAUGACAUCCAGCUGACAGGAGCCCUCAUCGCUGACCAACACUGUGUCAUAACCAACAUCCAGGGCACUGUCAGCAUCACUCCCAUGGACAACGCCAAGACAUUUGUUAAUGGAAAUCUCAUAUCUGAAUCCACUGUCCUGCACCAUGGCGACAGGGUGAUUCUUGGUGGAGACCACUACUUCCGCUUCAACCACCCAGCAGAGGUGCAGUCUGGGAAGCGGGUGUCAUGUUGGACAGGUGCAGGCGAUGGCCACAAAGACUUUGAAUUUGCCAAAAACGAGCUACUUGCGGCUCAAAGAGCUCAGCUGGAAGCAGAAAUUGAAGAAGCCCAUUUGAAAGCAAAAGAAGAGAUGAUGCAGGGAAUCCAGAUGGCAAAAGAGGUUGCCCAGAAAGAGCUAUCUGACCAGAAAACGCUUUAUGAAGAAAAGAUCCGAGCCCUUGAGCGAGAGCUGAAUGAGGAGACUGAGUGGAAGCGUCAGCAGGAGUUGGAUCAGCAGAGGGUGGCCAGCCAGAUGGCAGAGCUUAAAAUGGCCAAGCAGGAGCUGGAGCAGGAGGUGGACACCCACAAGAAACGCAUCCGCCUGCACAUGGAGGCCCAGGCAAUGGAGGAACACCGUGUGUGUCAAGCGAAGAUUGUUGACGCCCUGGAGGCAGAGAAGAGGAAGAUCAGCAAAGAGCUUGAGGAGAUGCAGAAGAAAAGAGCCCUAAGGGAAAAUCGCACUCCCCGAAAUGUGUCUCCACAGUGGGAUGCCAUGAAGUUGUCCCUGAUGAUUGAGGAAGCAAAUAAGAUCAGUGCUAAACUGAAGAAAAACACAGUCUUCAGCAGACACGAAAGCUCUGAAGAUGAGAACGUGAAGCAGGGCGGUCUGCUACAGGUGCGGGUUCAAAACACAAAGCUGGGCAUCUCUACUUUCUGGAGCCUGGACAAGUUCCAAAACAACAUUGCUGCCAUGAGGGAACUCGAUCAGGGGGAUUCCACCUCUAAAGAUGACGACGUGUUUUAUGACCCUGAUGAUGAGUGGGAGCAAGAUAUAUCGGCCUCUUCUGCCUCCACAUCCUCCUCUUCACGCCGGAGGAGCAGAAGCUUCUUGAAAAGCAGGAGAAUCUCAGGACGUCUUUACGAGAUCCGGGUCCAUCCAAUUCAGAGCCUCCACAACAGCUCCUCGCAGUCUGCUGGGUUAAUGGGUGGGGCCAAACUGACCUCCACCCAUUCCAGCAGCACAGACUUGGCCAUGCUUGGCAUCUGCAAGGAGCUGUCUGGCCAAUCCGUGGCCCGUCUACGUGGUUGUAGUGGGACAGAAGAAAGCAUGGCAGACAGGUUGGCCUCUGAUCUUAACUUGAUGUACAUGGCAGUCCAAACCAUAGCUGACCAAUACGACAGCCUGGGUGAUGACAGCCAGGAGAACGUGUUUGCGUGCAGCUUGGUGGCCAAGACACAACUGAUCAAGGCCACCACAGCCAUAGAGAGUGCAGUGUUUGCAACCAUGCAGUUGUUGGCCAUUGCGAAACCCUGCUCCGGCCGGCUCUACACUAUUGCCGAAGAACUCAAGAGCCAAGUCAAGAAGAUGGGAGGAUUCUUCCAGCUGCUUAUUCAGGGUUGUGAAUCUGAGAUCACAUCGAUGGUGACAGAUGCACGGAGGAAGAGCAGUCAGUGCCUGGAUGCAGCAUUGUUUGCACUUAGCCACCUGGCGGCAGUGACGGGCACGCCACUGAAUGUUAUGGGGCGGGGCACCCAGGCCACAGGCAAGCAAUCAGUUGUCCUGUGUCUGCUGAGGGGGACCAAUAAAGGUGUCAGCUCUCUUUUAGAGGAGAGCCUCACCGUCACCAGAGAGAUGCUGAGAGAUGCUCAGCUGGCCUACCCUCGGAGCCCACUCUUGCAGAGUCUAAAAUCCAAGACCCUUGACUUGGCUCGUGUUCUGCAGAACUACAUGUAUUGUUAUAUCACGGAGAGAGAGACUGACCCAGAGGAGGGGGAGGAGGAGGCCUUAGCUUCCCAGUUGCAGAGACUGAGGACUGCAGCGACCAAGCUGUUCCAGCUGAACCAGGCCAUCAGACAACUGCAGUCCUGUCUGUCUACCGCCCUGCUAGGACAAGACAGAGACUCCAACCUCAGCAGCAGCAGAGAGCUGAUCUCUUCCUCUGCAAAGGCUGUCGAUGAGCUGAUCAUUGGUCUGUCAAAGGAGGGAGCACUGCUGUCCCUGCAGCUUCCCGUCCUUCAGAGUGUCAUGACUGCACGAGACGAGCUCCACUCUUCCCUGCAGUCCCUGUCGUCCUGGAAGUCACAGGAAGCAGGAGAGAGCAGAAGCUCUGCCGCUUCAGAUAAGAGCACAGAAGAUGAAAUCUCAACUAAAGAAACUCACAGUGCUGUUAGAAAUCGGGUCGUGACAAAGAUAGUGCACACUCUUCCUCCAGGUGUGUCGUCCGCAGGCAGCUUACACUGGGUGUGAUGUGCAUUUAUACGAUGGUAACUCGUAUGAUGUGCUCACAUCAGGUAUUAUUUACUGUAAAAAUUUAACUGCUGAUAUAGAAAAAACUUUUUCUGGUAACAACAAAUGGGUUGUGGGUAUUUUUUGUACACUCAGAUGUCACCAACCUGGCAGCACAGGCAGCAAACACUAAAGGGACUUCUUUAGUGUUGCCAUCCAUGUUGAUAACAAAGUUAUAUGUACAUACUUCCCACUCUGCUUUCUAAAUGUGGGCAAAAUCUGCAUAUUUUUAUGGGGUAUUUUUUCAAUUACAAAGAAAACAAAAAAGCUAAUGGUAAUUUGCUGUUAAAAGAGCUUUAACAUAAUUUGUAGAGUUAAACAGUUAUUCAUGAUGGAUAGAAACAUUUAGAAACAGUAACUGGCUCUAAGGAGAAUGCUUACUUAUGCUUUACCAGGCUUUCUCUGUCACUAAAUUAUUCUUUGUUGCAUUUAUUUUUCAUAUAAACAUGCAAAAUUUCAAUAUAAGACAGUGCGGGUACCGUUUUUUUGCAUGUUUUGUUGUCACUUUUACGUAAAGAUUUGCUCUUAAAUGUUGUAUGACACUGCAACUAUUUGCACUCAGGAGAGACUUGUAUACAUAGUGUUUCAUCAUGGAUUUUAACACAGCUGUGUUUUGUGUCUUUUUAGGCUUUUGUAUCACUUGAUAAAUUUGAUAUGUCAAAAUAAUAUAGCAACUUGAACUUCUAAAAUAAAUUCA